CACUACACGUAUAUAGAUUCCCGCAAAUAGCGCUGGAAUCUCCACCACGGGCCUAAGACACAUGUCUUCGCCAUGGCGCUAGCAACGUGUACUAGAUGUAUAACAAAGAACAAAGAGAGGUAAAUCUUUAAAUACAGUAUCUACUAUACAGUACUAUACAAUAUAUUCACGUUGGAUUGCGUUGUACAAGAACUUUCAGCCGCACUUCGGCAUUCCUUUCCUCUGCAGCACACAUGCCGUCUUCGGCCCUAUUUCCGAUUUCUAUAAUUAUAAUUAAUAUUUUUUUUUGUUGCUACAGACUGAUGUCACAGAGCAAAGCUGAUAAGCACCUCGACCGACUCAUCACGGCUUGAACGGUCCCGCAUAAUCCGGAAAGUGCCCCGUCAACCCCGGAAUGGCCAGCCCUAGCCAAGGUUUGGUCCAUGAUGACUCGGAACCUCUACGUGAAGACCAUGUUGCUAGCUCGUUUGACCAAAGCGACGAAGAAGGCUUCGGCGGGUCGAGGGCUACGGAAGAGAUUUCGCGACAGAGGAUAAGCUCAUGUACGAUCGGAUACGAUGAUCACAUCGACAGCGGGUACACUCACCAGUCUGUACUUGACUAUAAAGACAAGGGCAAAGCUCCUGUAAGGGUCCACAGGGAUUUCGUUGACAGAAGAUAUCCGUACGCAGACUUUACAAAUCCCGAAAGUCGAAAUGAGAAUCUGGAGUCCCCCGAAUCUUCCGCUGCAUCUAGCGUACUUGAUGAAUCCUUAUCCGAGCAUGGUAUCAAACUAAAGACCCGGCUGCUGUCCCCCAAACCUAGCCUCGAGGCAUUAAGCGUAGAGUCCGACUGUGAAAGCUUUAGGACAGCAUCGCCCAAGCUAUAUUUAGACGAGGACCAAGAGCGGAAACAGGAGCAGGAGCAGGAGCAGGAGCAGGAGCAAGAAGCAGAAUCGGAUCACGAACCGGAGCCGCAGCCGCACUCUCAGCCACAGCCGUACCCGGCCGACCAAGAUCCGGUUGCAAGUGGGCCGCACACUAACCAGGAAGCCGCGUCACCGACUUUCCGGCCGCUCAGGUUCGGAGAUCCCGGGUGGGAGAAAUCGGCGGAUCGGCCGCCGGAGAAGCUACCUAUUCGAUUCAAAGAUGCCGUGGGCCGUAAAUUCAUCUUCCCUUGGGAAAAGGCUAAAACUUGGGCGGGCAUGGAACGUCUAAUCCGAAAUUGCUUUGUCUAUGUCGACGUGAUCGGACCCCACGUAAUCAAGGGGCACUACGAUCUCUUUACCUUUCACCUCCCCUUCUCGACAGAAACCGGCUUUGAAAUGGCACCCCAGGCUGUGUCAGAACCGGUAGGCGUGCAACAUCCCGGGAUGGAGCCUCAUAUGGCUGGUACAUCACACCAGCCUCCGGUUCCGCAUGCUCCAACCCCGCCGCCAGCUCCCACACUUACACCCAUAGAACAAUCGGCCGUCACUAUCCUACCUGAGCUCUGGGAGGAUCUGGUCGAGCCAGGCAUGUUUAUACUGAUGCAAAUGUGGCCUAUGGCACCUCCGGCACCACCCCCUCCACCAAUGCAACACCCUCCUGGUCCUCCCGGUAUCUUAGGAUAUGUUGGCGGCAGAGGCCGAGGCAGGGGUAGCGGUGGAGGAAGGGGCAUGGGCCCGCCUCUGGGACCACCUCCUGGGUGGAUGGUGGUAGAAAGACCGCCGAAGCCGAGGGGCAAGACGCGGAAGCGGCGGGAUGGCCCAUAGAUGUUAUACGAUAUACGAGUUCUUUACGCUAGAAGUGUAUGGUUGGUUACUGGGCUAAAGUGAGUUAGGACAAUAAUGCAGUUUUCUAAUAGCUGCUACAUAUGGUGGUAUGCUUUGAAACCAUCUUAGGUGGGGAGUAAGUAAGUAAAUAAGUAAGUGAGCGAUCACUGUUUGUUUACUUGGGGAUCAAUAUAUCUACAUCAUGUACAUAGUCGACGUACAUAUAAAAGUGGAAUGGAUGAAUGAAUGGAAGGAUGAAUUUGAAGGUGACGAUGGUUUGAUUCCGAUGAGAUUCACGAGGUCAUGACGAUACCUACCUACAUAACGUGGAUAUGUACUAUGGUAUGUAUAAAAUACAAGGUACCUAACCUAGAACCUCGGUUGCGAUAUCUUGCGUGUUUUACAGAAGAGAGAUACAUACCUACAUAGGUACACUACCCGGAAGCUCAAAAGUGGGCCCUAGCAGGGCUUAGCUCCCAUGCAAUGGUAACGUUAUUGGUGUGUGGAUACAUCAAAAGACAAGGGUCUCGCCUGCGUUGAUACGAGUUGAAGUUGAUUAAAAUAGCUAGGUAGGUUAGUUAAUCGUAGAGCUC